UGCAAUCCCCCCCAAACAAAGAAGAAACCUUGUUGGACCAUAAAAUGUUUGGUUAAGGGUUUCGGGCUCCAGUUUUGGAAAUUCAAAAGCAUGUAAAGAAGAUUCGAAGAAGCAAGUAAGAAAACGGGAAAAUCAGUGAAUCGAAGAAGAGAGGAGCGGAUAGGAGGUAAGCUAUUAAGUUAUUAACCCUCAUCUCUAUUAACAAAAUUCUGCUUAAAUCAACACCGCUAAUCACCCAAAUAUCAAACAAUUUCUCAGUAGUUUUUCUUCAUGAUGAUGAAAAAGUGCUCUAGGGUUCAGCAGCACAGUGUAAUUUAUAACCAGGAUCUUAUAACUAGGGUUUUCUUUAAAUUACCAAUGGAAAAGGUUUUGGAAGUAAAAGAAGUUUGCAAACCUUGGAGGCAAUUUGUGAAUGAAUCAAGCUAUGUGGAUGAUAAUGAAUGCGGAGGAAAAUUUGGUUUUAUUGGGAUAGCACAGGAUGGUGAGGAUGAUCAAAAGUAUUAUUUAAGCCAUAUUGAGUAUGAUUAUGAUGGAAUUGAUGAUAAUAUUAUCAAGAAGAAGAAAGUGAACCAUCCAGGGUUUUUCAAUUUCGAACCUACCUUAGUAGGGUCAAGAAACGGGCUGGUAUGUAUUGCUUUACCCUUUUGUCAAGAAGAUUUAGAUGCAGAAUGUGAUGAUCCUACUUAUAUUUGUGAUCCUAUUUAUAUUUGUAAUCCAAUUACUAAAGAGUAUGCUUUACUGCCAAAAUUCAGAGGUGGAGAAGCUGUAAGUGGUGGUUGUAUGAAUUUUGGAUUUGCAUUUCAUAAUGAUAAGUAUAAAGUUGUUAGAAUUUUUUGGGAAGACAAAGAAGAGUUAGGAACUAGUGAUGGAGUUGUAGAGAUGUUUACUCUAGGAACGGAGAAAUGCGAAUGGGUUUCAUUAGGAAAUACUGAUUGCUUUUUUUCUGGUAGCUUUCCUAGGGGUGUUUAUGCUGAUGGUGUAUUAUAUUGGGUCUCAUAUGGUUCAGAGAGAAUUAUGGGUCUUGAUUUGGAUACUAAUCAGUUUCAUUUGAUUUUGUCUCCACCCUUUCAAAUCGAAGUUGAUCAAGUACAACCGCUGGAGUUAAACCAGAAGUUGUGUCUUCUACGUGAAGAUGACCCGGAAGAUGGUGGUGAGAUUACUGUAUGGAUGCUCGACGAUUUGGUCUGGAAAAAAUUGUUUAAGUUUUCUUUAAAAGAUUCUGAGGGAAAUUUGUUGGAUUUGAGUCCAUUUAUUGUGAAUGAAGAUCAUGAAAUAUUUGCGUUAGUGAAAAAUCAUCAAAUUUUGUAUUGGAAUGAUAAAAAUUUACUCAACUCCUAUGACAUUCUCAAUGAUGCGGAGGAUACACUUUUCGAAGAUGAACAAGAUAUCAACCAUUGUUGCAUACCACAUGUUCAUUCUCUCAUUUCCUUGAAGAAACUUCAGCCGAAUACUUUAAAAUUUCUAGAGCCGAUUGAAUUGCGGCUGGCAGAGGUUCCUUCCGCCACGAAUGUGAAGAAACCUUUUGUGGUAAGGUUAACCCUCACAAAUCAUCUGAACAAGGAGAUGGGCCCCUUCAAAAUUUGCUUAUCAAGACAGGAUCUUCAAGAGGACGAAGCUGUUAUGAUUCAUGGUGCUCAGAAUCUGGUAAUACAGCAGGUGCAAGCAUUCAGCUUGGCGGAAAUCAACCUGAAUCUAAUUGCUACCAGAGUCGGGUUUCAAAAAAUCAGAGGAAUAACAUUGCUAGACCAGGAUGAUAACAAGAUGUAUAACCUUGCACCGGACUUGGAGAUAUUUGUGGAAUCAGACUGAUAUUUUAAAUCAGUGGAUGGAUGCAUACCCUUGACAAAUCGGACUGAGUUGAAGAGAGAGAGUGUCUGAGGAUCGGCGAUCGACUCAGCUUUUUCUUCUUCAAUGUUCUUAGUUUUGAGUGAUUUCUACAUCAUUAUUUUGUUUCUUCUUCCAAUCAUUUCAAUGAUUGGUGUUAGUUAAGCUUAAAUCUUGUCUACACAGACUAAAUCGAUGUCUGAAACUAAUAAAAAUCGUCCAGAAACUGAAUCUGGAUCGAAAAUGUUUAACAAUAAUUUUAGGGUUUCCUCUGGGAAUAUUGAGUGUAUUUGAGAGAGUGAAAUAUUUCACGAACAUCCAUCAUUAUAUGUUCCAGAUGAGGAUAUUGAUGAAAGUUUAAGUGAAUGGCGAUUUAGUUUAGUUGGGAGGUUGGAUUU